GCGCCAUCUACCCAACACGCAGGCGCGUCUCCUCAAGCGCUUUCCCCGCCCCCUCCUCUUUCUCUUCAGUCCGUUCCCCCUCCUCUCCCAGCAGCUCCGCAGGUUCAAACUCUUCUCCGGGAGAGUGGCGGCGAUCGCGCGGUCACGUGAUGAGCAUCCUGCUGCCCAACAUGGCGGAGUUCGACACCAUCUCGGAAUUGGAGGAAGAAGAAGAGGCAGCAACAUCGUCGUCGUCUCCGUCGUCGUCUCCAUCGUCGUCGUCGUCGUCGUCCGUAUCUGGGCCCGAUGAGGACGAGGAAGAUGAGGAGGAGGAAGAAGAGGAGGAUGAAGAGGAGGAGGACGAGGAAGAAGAGGAGGAGGAGGUGCCGCCCCCGCCUCGGGUAGUGAGCGAGGAGCAUCUGCGGAGAUAUGCCCCAGACCCUGUGUUGGUGCGCGGCGCCGGCCACAUCACUGUGUUUGGAUUGAGCAACAAGUUUGAUACCGAAUUUCCGUCAGUUCUGACAGGGAAGGUGGCUCCAGAAGAAUUUAAGACCAGCAUUGGCCGUGUGAACUCAUGCUUGAAAAAGGCUCUCCCUGUCAAUGUGAAAUGGCUGCUGUGUGGAUGUCUCUGCUGCUGCUGUACCCUGGGGUGCAGCCUGUGGCCCGUUAUUUGUCUCAACAAAAGAACCAGAAGAUCGAUUCAGAAGUUACUAGAAUGGGAAAAUAACAGAUUAUACCACAAGCUUGCUCUGCACUGGAAACUGACUAAAAGGAAAUGUGAAACUAGCAAUAUGAUGGAGUAUGUGAUACUAAUAGAAUUCUUACCAAAAUACCCCAUAUUCCGACCCGACUGAGGAGUUUUCUUCAGUCUCUUCUGUGUUAUCUGUCAUUUCCUACCCUUAGUGCCUUGUAGCUGAUCUUGGAAUGGAGACAGUCUCCUUCGCUGUGUUCAGUUUAUUCUUUACAACAGUAGACUAGUCUUCUCACUCUUUUAUUUGUGUUAAUUUAAGAAAAUUUGCACAUCUUUUUUGUUAUUAAAUGAGGCUUGUGUUUUGCACUAUCAAUUUUUAAAUAAAUGCAAACAUAUACCCGUAUUUAUCGUUAACACUAAAAACAUCAGUGCUGGUGUUUAAAGAAACAAAACAAAAACCUUGUUCUGAGCAUGCUGCCUUAUGAUUUUCAUACUCACUGUUUCUAAAUAUGCAUCAUUUUUCUAGGCUAUUUAAUGCUCUGUAAUCCCUUACUGGACACACCCAAAUAAGCUUUUGGUAGCUUUUAGAAAUGGUUUUACUCUGCUCUUAAAGAAAAUGCAAUUAAUAGCACUGGUUUCCUCCUGCACUUUGCUAAAUUGUCACUUAUGUUAGUGGAUAAAAUAUUUAAACUCCUAAAGACUUGUAAAUAUUGUCUCUUUGCAUAAUGUAAAAUGUGGUAUGCCAUGGUUUACAGAAUGUAUUAUUAUCAAUGUAUUGCCAACAAUUCCACAUAGAUUUUACUAUGAAUGAUGUUUGUAAGCAUCCUGUUGAAUGUAGAGACCUUUAACAUGCUGUUUUGUGGCAAAGCCAAACUGAGUAUGUUAAAUUUCAGGUGUGGGCGGAGUGCCCUUCCUAAUAAGUGGAUUAAAAUUGAAAUCAUUACUUCAGAUCUUAGGCAUCACACCUGAGACCAAGAACCUUCUUUUCCAUUUACUUCACUGUUUUCCAUUUCUCCUCCACUCCACCCCCAUCUUACAGCCUCACUAGCUCUCAUUUCCUUUCCCUUCUUUUGAAAGUACACAAGAUUUUUAGUCUUUAAAUGUCUUAAGAACUGGGCACAUACCGUUAAUCCCAGCACUCAGAAGACAGAGGCCACAGAUCUCUUUGAGUUCAAGGCCAACCUGGUCUACAGUAUGAGUUCCGAGACAGCCAGGGCUACACAGGGAAACCCUGUCUUAAAAACAAACUGUCUUGAGAUUUUUGCCUCUUGUGUGAGGUAUCAAGGCCUCCGUGAAAGCCAUGGCUUAUGCUCUUCUGAAGUUCCUGUAUCCUCCAUUGAGAAAGAGCACAGAGAAGCUCUACCUACAUAGUAGGCUAGUCAGAGUUGAGAAAACAGUUUCAGCCAUCUGAUUGAGGAUCUUGUUUAAAUAAUUUAAACAUAAAUUAUUGAGGAAAGACAAGUAAAAUUUAGAUAAAAUUGUUUUCAUUUGUAAAUUGGCCAUGUGUUUUGAUUGAUACAUGCAUAUUUCUCUGGUUUUUAUUUUCAUAAUUAAAUUGAGUGAUGUUACUACUUUGGUUCUACUAUAAUUUGAAAUUAUAAUAUAAUAUAAUAAAUGUUUUUAUAUCACAUUAAUUCAGCUGCAAGUGAAUGCCUGUAUGUGGGCAUUGUUUGUAAUUUGCAGAGAUUGGCAUACAUUCUAUUCUCUUUGUCCUUCUAUUCUUAACUGCUUUUAAGUAAGCUCAUCUCAGUGAACAGAACACGCUUAACAAGGUCAAGCCUUUUUAAGGCACUUUUAAGAGUUAUGCCUAAUCUGAAAUCCUUAGUCCUUGGUGGAAAGAGGAAGGACAUCCUGUUUGAUAUGUGGCUCUAAUGGUUUGCACAAAAACUUUUUGAGCCACCCAGCCACCCCAGAUCUCUAAGUUCUAAUAUAUUAUGUAUGCCUGCAAAUAUGUCUGCCUGCUGCAAAAUUGAAGGUGUAUUUUUAUAGAUAAGAAGGAAGCCUUUGAAAAUGCAUACCCAAUGUCUUGUUUUAUAGCUAAGGUCAGGGAAAAACAUAUCUAUGUCUUAUGUUUCAGCUAAUGUCAUCAGAUUUAUGCUUCAUACUGUGGUGUUGUAAUACCAAAAUUGAUUUCCAUCAUAAUAUAGAAUUUUUAAUUCUCACUGGUAAAAAAAUUACUUGUGAAUGUCAAUCCUCAGCAAUCUUACAUUUCGUCUGUAGCCUUAGAAUUUGACCAAAUAGUCAUCAUAGUAAUUUUUUCUGCCAUGUACAAAUCACACUUCAUUUUGUUCAAAAAGAAAAAAAUCAAGAAGUGUAAUGAAUUGUUUCCAUGAAACAAAUAUUAAGACAGGAAUAGAUUGUAUAUGAAAGUGACCAAGUAUAAUUCAAGUUACAAUAGUAUUUGUCAUUUAAAAUAUUUAUCAUUACAUGUCAUAUCAAUUUGAACUCCUCACUAAUAACUGUAUUAUUUUAUUGUUCAGUAUACUGAUUGACAGAUGAUAGUUUUUUCUCGUUUGAGUGGGGAAGAAGUCCCUUUUCAUUGAAAUUAGUCACAGCAAAUGCUAACCUGACAAAGUACACCGUGGUCACUAAUUCCUCCCCUCCAAACUUCUUUUCUUUUAACCUCAGGAGAGAAUGUAACUUGUAUUUUUCUAUUGUGUUAGCCAAGUAUUUUGUGAAAGUUAUUUUUGACUAAAAAAGAGAAUAAUUUUGUUGAUAUAUAAUUCUCCUUUAUUACCAUGGUAGUUUCCAAAGGAAAAAUGUUUUGAAAUAACAUUUUGCCAAAGCUUCUAAAUCUCUGUAGGCUUUGAGAUUUCAAGUUAAAGGACUUUUUUUUUUUUUCUUCUUCUUCUUCUUCUGAAAAUCAUGGCAGGGUGGUUUAUGCCACUAAUCCCAGAAUUUAUGGGGCUAAGGCAAGAGAAUUGCUGUGAAUGUGAAGCCAGCCUGGGCUACAAGCUGUCUCAAAAAAAAAAGGAAAGGAAAGGAAGUUAGUUUCUGUUACUUCUCAUUUGAUCCAAGAUUAUGGUUUAAUAAAUUGAUCCAACUGGUCAAUUUAAAGCUUAUAUAAAAGGCCAGUAGCAUCUAUAUUAUUAAUAAAAAUAAGGGCAACUGUCACUUGCCCUUGUCUCAGACAUGUCCUCUACUUCUUUCCCACAUUACCCCAUGUUAAUUUAGGAAAAAGAUUAUUGUAACUUUAGAAAUAGAUGGGAAAGUGCCUUGUCUUUUUCAAAGAUAACGUGGUAUGUAGAAGGAAGCAGAAUAAAUGAAUUAAUAAUGAUUAGAAAUGAUUCUUUUCAACUAGGUAUGCUAGCACUAGGUUAUUAUAUUUCUCUUAUUUAAAUCCAUUUACUUAUCUUCUAAUAAUGUGGUAUAUUAAUGACAAAAUAUCACAGAAUAGACCAGGCACUUAAAAAUUAGUAUGAUUUUAAUGCUAAUAAGCAGAGAAUUUAACAUAGUUCUGGAAGGACUGUCUUUGUUUGAAAACCCUACCAAAACUCACUUAAGAAUUAAAUAUCCCAUGCCAGGCAGUGGUGGUGCACGCCUUUAAUCCCAGCACUUGGGAGGCAGAGGCAGGAAGAUCUC